CCAACUUUCUUUUCUUUUAUUCUUCUCUCUGUCUCACUUUGGGGUUCUACUGAGCUCCAUCAAAGCACCUAAGAAGAAGAUGGUUAUAAGAGGAGUCUUGGUGCUGGAAUUAUUCAUCAUAGGUGUUCUGAUCCCUCAGGAAUCAUGGGCUAUCAAAGAGGAACAUGUGAUCAUUCAGGCUGAAUUCUAUCUGUCCCCGGAUCAGAGAGGUGAAUUUAUGUUUGACUUUGAUGGUGAUGAAAUUUUCCACGUGGAUAUGGACAAAAAGGAGACUGUCUGGCGGCUUAAAGAGUUUGGACAAUUUGCCGGCUUUGAGGCACAGGGUGCACUGGCCAACAUAGCUGUGGACAAAGCCAACCUGGAAAUCAUGAUGAAGCGCUCCAACAACACUCCAGACACCAAUGUCGCUCCAGAGGUGACCGUGCUCACGGAUAAGCCUGUGGAGCUGGGAGAGCCCAACAUCCUCAUCUGUUUCAUCGACAAGUUCUCUCCACCAGUGAUCGAUGUCACGUGGCUUAAAAAUGGAAAGCCUGUCACCAUGGGAAGAUCAGAGACCAUCUUCCUGCCCAGGGAAGACCACCUUUUCCGCAAGUUCCACUAUCUCCCCUUUGUGCCCUCCACUGAGGACUUCUAUGACUGUAAGGUUGAGCACUGGGGAUUCGACAAGCCUGUUCUCACGCACUGGGAGUUUGAAAUGCAAACCCCGCUCCCAGAGACCACAGAGAAUGUCGUGUGUGCCCUGGGCUUGGUUGUGGGCCUAGUGGGCAUCAUUGUCGGGACUGUCCUCAUCAUCAAGGGUGUGCGCAAAGGCAACGCUACAGAACGCCGAGGGCCUCUGUGAGGCACGUGGAGGUGCUGCCUUUCUCCGAGAGAAGAUCAAUGAAGAAAUGAUCAAUGAAGAAAUUCCCGCUGCACUAUUACAAAGCUGACAGCCCUUCGAGUGAGAACAACCCUCAUCUGCAUUUCCCAGCCCUUUCACCACCCUUAGUGGAGAGGCUUUCCCCUGAUCUCUCCAGGCUCUAACAUCUCCUUGGACUUUCCUAUCUGUUGCCUCUCUGGUAUCUCUUGUCGCUCAAUUUCCAAUUAUUUUAUUAUAACCAUGAAAUGCCUUUGGGGUAAGCCCCACAACUCUUUCUCAGCACUGGAACUUUCUGGGAUCAUCUCUUAGGUACUUAUUGCUUAGGGUUCUUUACGCUGUGAUUUUUGUUAAUUCAAUAAACUAUUUUGAUGGGUCUUGA